GCCCGCCCGCUGACCGUGGAGGCGAGCCCGUGCGAGCGGCUGCGGUUUGAAAUGGGCCGGCGAGAGCGCGGGCCGCGCGCCCCGUAGCUCGGGACAUGAGUCAGCAGGCGCGCGAGCUGAGCCCGGAGGGCGGCCGGAGCAAGGCGGCGGCGGCGGCGGCGGCGGCCUCCGCCCUCUUCCCGCCGGCGGCCCGCAAAACGCUGGCCUCCCUGGCCAAGGAGGCGUCGCGGCGGCGAGCGCAGAAGGCGGAGCAGGGCGGGCAUGGCCGCCCGCGCAAGAGCAAGCGCACGGUGACGGUGGACAGCUCCAGGGCCAAGACGUCGGCCGAGGCACUCAAGAUCUGCAUCCAGCAACUGAAGUGGAAGGAGUUUCCAACAGGACGUCACUUCUGUGACAUCUAUUGGCAUGGAGUGUCUUUUCAUGAUGGUGAAGUUAGUUGCUCAAGUCUAGUCAACAAAUACCCAGGAAUGAUGGAAAUGACACGUAAAGUCAAUUUUAGUCGAGCGGUUCGAACGAUGCAGGAAUUAUUCCCUGAUGAAUACAAGUUUUAUCCUCGUUCUUGGAUUUUGCCAGAGGAAUACCAAAGUUUUGUAGAUCAGGUACGUUUGUCAAAAGAAAAUGAUUCUUCCUGGAAACCCACCUUCAUUGUGAAGCCAGAUGGAGGAUCCCAAGGUGAUGGAAUCUACCUUAUUAAGGAUUCUAGUGAUAUCCGAAUGUUGGGCAACCUCCAUAGCAAGCCAGCUGUUGUGCAAGAAUACAUCAGCAAGCCAUUUCUGAUCGACAGAUUGAAAUUUGACAUUCGAUUGUAUGUCUUACUCAAAUCAAUUGAUCCUUUGGAGAUCUACAUAGCAAAAGAUGGAUUGUCAAGGUUCUGUACUGAGCCUUAUCAGGAGCCUAACAGCAAAAAUUUUCAUCGUGUAUUUAUGCAUUUAACAAACUACUCUCUGAAUGUCCACAGUGGAAAAUUUGUCCAUUCUGACAAUGUAAACACAGGAAGUAAAAGAACUUUCUCAAGUAUUCUGGCUAAGCUCUCUCUCAGGGGCUAUGAUGUGAAGAAAAUAUGGUCAGAUAUUAUUACAUUAGUGAUCAGGUCUAUUAUCGCACUGAUUCCUGAAUUAAAAGUUUACCAUCAAAUGUAUAUUCCUCCAGGAAAGCCUGGGCCUACUUGUUUUCAGAUACUAGGAUUUGAUAUUCUCCUCAUGAAAAACAUGAAGCCUGUUUUACUGGAAGUGAACGCUAAUCCUAGCAUGAGAAUAGAACAUGAACAGGAGGUUCUUCUAGUCUGCUGGCGUUCACGUACAUCUUUUCUGCGUCCUUUCCAGUUUAACCAGAUCUUUCCUAUAACGAUUUCUCCAGGAGUGUUUGAAUAUGUUCCCAGUCCUGUGGAUGAAGAAAUUAAAGUGGCCGUCAUUAGAGAUACACUUCGUUUGGUAGAUCCAACAUUUAAAAAAUACAACUACUAUCAGUCACACUCUACUGAAUAUUCAGCAGAAAAUGACAGAGAUGAUGUAACUGAAGCUGAAGCACAAAGAAAGACUGAGUCUUCGUCUGGCACAGAACAGAAUUGUCCUCCCCUCUGCCUGAAGCAGGUGUUUCCUAAGUACACUAUACAGUUCAGCUACCUGCUCAUUGUGGAACGGAUAGCACUACUAUUUAUCAGAUUCCUGGGCAUUAGAGGGACAAUGAAACUUGGUGCAACUGGGUUUCGGACCUUCAUUAGGACCUGUAAACUCAGCAAUAGCAACUUGCCCAUGGCAUCUGUUGACAUAUUAUACAUUGAUAUUGCACGUCGAUGGAACGUCAUUUGUGGAGAUCGAGGGGAGUCUGGUAUGUGCUUACAAGCGUUCAUGGAGGCCGUCUUCCACAUGGCACAGAGGAGGUACAAGACCCCACCACUUCGAGAACAAGUUGAGGCGCUGGUCAAUUUUUGUGAAUAUCAGUUAGAAACACUGGAUGAAAAGCACUUUAUGUACAACCGUGCAACAUCGGACCAAAAACCUAGCUUGACUUUGUGUCACCCUGAAACACCUCGCACACGUACUGCUGGUAAUGUGCACUUAUUAAGUCGUGGGAGCAUUUCCAAUAGAUCACUGCCAUCACCAUCACCUGCAUCGGUGGAUAAACAGCAUGUAAAAUCAAUGAAUCGAAGAGUAACUGUAUGCUCACCAGUAGCUUCCAAAAGGCAUAGUCGACGGGGCAUUCCAGGCUGCAGAUUUUGUCGUAACAGCUACCAGAGCUGCUCCAUUAUUGGCCUGGAUGAUGUGUGUUCUCAACGGGUCAAGCUGACACAAAUUUAGUAUCUUUUUGCAACAUGACGCUUUAUGUAGUAAUUCAAAGCAAGAAUGGUAGGCCCCUCUCCCCUCCACUCUGCUUUCCCAACCCUUAUGCCCAAGAUUUACCUCAAAGGCUCAUUUUUAGACAGUUUCAAUAGGAAGUUGAUCCUCUACCUCUAGGGUAUCUAGUGCUUAAUAAAUUAUUUCAGACACAAUUCUACCUUAGCUAGCUUAUCUGCAUUUCAUAAUUUGAAUGGUGACUGCUUAUUUAGAAGUAAAUUUAAACAAACAUUUGAAAUAGACUUCUUAUUCAGUUCUCAUUCUAAAUAAAUUGCAUUUACUAUAAAGAGCCUGCCACUGGCUUCUGGCCCUAAAUCAUUUACAUGGUAUUUUAAAAUAAAUUUCAUAGUGGUUGUUUUCUGUUAUAGGCAUGAGCCUGUGUGUAAUAAUUAUUAGUAUCCUCUUAUAUUCAGUGACCACCUGUACAUCUGCUUGUUAAUGCAAAUAUCUAACCAGCCAAUCAUGUGGCAGCAACUCAAUGCAUAAAAGCAUGCUGUCGUGGUCAAGAGGUUCAGUUGUUGUUUAGACCAAACAUCAGAAUGGGAAAGAAAUGUGAUCUAAAUGAUGGCCCAUGGAAUGAUUGUUGAUGAGAGAAGUGUUGUUUUGGGAACUUAGAAACAGCUGGUCUCCCAGGAUUUUUAUGCACGAUAGUCUCUAGACUUUACAGAAAAAAAAACAUCCAGUGAGCAGCAGUUCUGUAGGUGAAAAUGUCUUGAGAGGUGAGGGAAGAUUGGCAGACUGGUUCAAGCUGAUAGAAGGAUGACGGUAACUGAAGUAACCACAUGUUACAACAGUGGUUUGCAGAAGAGCAUCUCUGAAUGCACAACACAUCGAACUUAGAAGUAGAUGGCCUACAGCAGCAGAAGGCCAUGAACAUACACUCCGUGGCAAUUUUAUAAGGUACAGGGGGUACCUAAUAAACUGGCCAUUGAAUGCACAUUCCAAUAUUUCCUACCGGUGAAAUCAAAUAGCAGACAUGUUACAGUAUUUUUAAAAUUCACUUUCUUAUGUCAACAGUUUGCCAGGUGAGCACUGGCAUAGAGACUUUUGUGUGAAUAUGAGCUUUUUUUGUGCAAAAAUCCUUAAAUAUUAAAAUUGAUUUGGCUAGAAGUUGGGAUGGCACAGUAGCACAACUCUUAGCACAAUACAGGCGACCUGGCUUCAAUUCCCAUUGCUGACUGUAUGGAGUUGUAUGUGAAUUUCAGCCGGGUGUUCCAGUUUUCUCCCACAGUCCAAAGACGUACUAGUUAAUAGGUUAAUUAGUCAUUGUAAAUUGUCCUGCAAUUAGGCUAGGAUUAAAUAGGGGGAAUUGCUGGGUGGAGUGGCUUGAAAGUUCAAAAGUGCCUACUCCAUGCUGUAGCUUAAUUAAAAAAACAUUUUAAAAAACUACUAAAGAUGAAACGAAAAAAAAUAAAUCACAACUGUAUUGCUGUUACAUUUGUUCAUCCACUAUUAAAUGUGAAGGAAGUGGACUGAGUAAUGUAAUACAUUUAUUAGGCAUCAUCUGCUAGAAACAGUUAUAUCUAAUCUCCGCUGUUUGUUAUUUUUAUAAUUUAGUGGUACAAUGCUCUACUUAUUCAAAUAAUAGAAUAAUAAACAAGAAAAUGCACACUUAAUAUUGCACUAGAGAAGAUUCUUAUUUUUUGUAAUGAAACCAAUUGGUUGUUAGACAUUGAUUUAAGAAUUUAGAAUAUAAAGUUACAAUUAAAAAAUCUCCUGCAGCCUAUUGCACCGCUAUUUGCAUUUUAAUUAGUGUAAGGGACUGCCUGUCUGAUCAUUAAAGCCUACGCUGACACUGUGUUCUUAUUUUGGGUACUAAUGCAGAACUUCAGCUUACCCAUCCUUAGUACUGACAUAGAACCUGCUGCUGCAAACUCAAGUGCAGUGAAAAUAAAGCUCCAUAAUUCAGAUAGUGGUAGCAACAAUAUUGAACCUUCAUAUAUCAUCCAAUGUUAAUAAGCAGCAGAUAUAGUAAAAGAGUCAGUGAAAAGCAUUUAAUCUGCUGCUUGUUCAUUCUCUAAGAUGAACAGUAACAUGAUAUAAACUGGAACAAUGUGCCCUGAAAAAUUACCUUUUUUUUCAAAUUAGUCUUCUUUAGGGAAUUGAUUAAUAACAGUUCAAGCGGCUAUUGACGGUAAAUAUUGAGGGGUUACAGCAUUUUGAAUAGUUAUUUCCAGAUUUGGCUAUGAGUGCACCAUAGAUGAACCUUGUCUUCAAUGUGCUGAAGUCAUAGUGCUAUAUCCUCCCCAUAUAUUUUCUUGCAUUAACAUAUAAAUACUACACAGCAACCAGCAACAGGGAGCAUAGUGGACUUCUUUGAGUACAUUUACAUGGAGCACUGCCACAAGAAGGCAGCAUCCAUCAAAGAUCACCAUCAUCACCUUGCUACCACCAGUGGGCAGAAGGUACAGGAGCCUUUGGUCCCACACUACCAGAUUCAGGAAUAGUUAUUACCCUUCAACCUUCAGGCUCCUGAACCAGCAUGGAUAACUUCACUCACCACUACUGUACACUGAUUCUAUGACCUACAGAAUCACCUUCAAAGAUGCUUAACAGCACGUAUUCUCAGUAUUUUUUGUUCACUCAGUUUGUUUUCUUUUGCUCAUUGCAUGUCAGUCUUUGUGUAUAGUUUGGUAGAAUUCUAUUGUAUUUUAUUUUUCCCGUAAAUACCUACAAGAAAACAAAUCUCAAGGUAGUAUAUAGUAACAUAUAUGUACUUUGAUAAUAAAUUUACUUUGAACUUGAGUCUAUCACUAUCACCCUCAUACUACAUCUAGUGAGAUUAUUUCAAAUUUCAAUGACUUAUUAGCAAAGUAUAUAUAUAUCACCAUAUACAAACCCUGAGAUUUGUUUUCUUGCAGGCAUACUCAGUAAAUCCAAGAACCAUAAUAGAAUCAAUGUGUAAAAGGCAUCAAGCUGUGCAAAUAACAAAAGAGAAAAAUAUAAUAAUAAUAAUAAUAAUAAUAAAGCAAUAACUAUUCAGAACAUGAGAUGAAGGAAGAGUCCUUGAAAGUGAAUCCAUAGGUUGUGAGAACAGUUCACUGUUGGGGUGAAUGAAGUUGAGUGAUGUUAUCCCCGGUGGUUCAAGAGGCUGAUGGUUGAGGGGUAAUAACUGGUCCGAAACCUGGUCUGUGAGUCCUGAGGCUGUUGUAGCUUCUUCCUGAUGGCAGCAGCAAGAAGAAAGUAUGGCCUUGGUGGUGGGGUCCUUGAUGAUAGAUGCUGCUUUCCUGCGACACUGCUCCAUGUAGAUGUACUCCAUGGUGAGAAGGGCUUUACCCAUAAUGGACUAGGCUAUAUCCACUACUUUUUGUGGGAUUUGCUGUUCAAGGGAAUUAGUAUUUCCAUAUCAGGGCUUGAUGCAACCAGUGAAUAUACUCUUCACCACACGUAUAUAGAAGUUUGUCAGAAUUUUAGAUGUUAUGCCUAAUCUUUGCAAACUAGCAGAGGAGGACUUUCUCGGCCUGUAGUUUCAAAUUUCCUUCGAUGAGCCUGUUAACAUGUCAGAAUAUUCCUUGAAGGAAAUUUAAAUAAUAAGGUUUUGAAAUCAAUAAUGUGUGAGCUUUCUGGGCAGACAAAGUAUCAUUUGAACUUUUGAGCAAUUUUUUGGUGGCUUGAGUCUUGAGGUAUUUAGAAAAAGUUAUUUCUUUCACAAUAAAGCAAAAAAGGUUUAGGCCUUUAAAGUCCUAUCUUUCUACAGCACAACUUGCUCAAUGCACAAAAAGUGGAAUUCUCAAAGGAGGAGAAUGGCAUUUGUUGUGAUUGAUAGCAUGCCAUUAAAAAUGAUUCUCACUAGCUUUCAUCUUGUGAUUGCUAAGGUACACAUUCAAGCUUGUGGAAGAAUUUAUUUCUACUUGAAACAUAGAUUUCACUGUCUCUGCCUUCCCUAUACAAAAUUACUUUACCCACUGCUUGAAAUAGCCAUCUGUUCUGUUUUCAAAAGGUGGAUUUACAGCCUGCCAGUGACAAAAUGACACUUAGAAAGCAGGUUAUUGUUCUUGAGUUUCAUUGUGAAUUAUACUCACAGAACCAGUUGACAUUAUUCCAACCUUUUCUAAUUAAUUGAAUGCUAGUUAGCUUUUAACUUCAAAGCUCAAAACUCCUCAUUUCUGCACUUACGGAAAUAAAAAAAAUAUUAUUUAGUAUCUUUAGCUAUUUAUUUAAAUACAUAAAUAUACAUGAAUAAUAGCUAAAGAUAUCAGCUCUUAUAACUUUAUCAUGUUUACAAGAUGUUAUCAGAUCAAAAGGACUGCUCCAUAUAAAAAUAAAUGUAAACUAAUUAUUAAAGUUGUUUUUGUUCUGCACUUGAAAGGAUUUUUAGAAUAAGAUUAAGAUCCUAAGUUUAUUUUAGAAACUUCAGUUUACUUAGGGAUAUUUUAUUUGGCUUAAUACAUUUGACCCUGAUACAACAAAGGCCUGGGUUGCAUGCGGUUACUUAGUGGAACAGCAUGGUGGCAUAGCGGUUAGUGCAAUGCUUUAUACACCAGCAGUAAGAUCUGGAUUUGAUUCCCAUCACUGUCUGUAAGCAGUUUGUACAUUCUUCCCAUGAUCAUUUGGUUCUUUUGCCAGUGCUCUGGUUUUCUGCCACAUUCCAAAGAUGUAUGGUUGAAGUUAACGUGGUGUAGACAUGCUACAUUGGCGGCAGAAGCAUGGUGACACUUGCAUGCUGCUCAGCACAACCCUCACUGAUUUGACUUGACGCAAACGAUGCAUGCCACUGCAGGUUUCCGUGUACAUGUGACAAAAAAAUAAAGGAAAUUUAAUUUUAUUAUACAACAUUACAUCAUCUGGGUCUGCUACAAAUUAGGCAUUAAUCAGAUUCCAUUACAAAUCAGAUUUGAAUUGAGACUAGAAACUACCAGAGACAGGAUUUUGAGAGGAAUUCUUUGAACAACCUUGCAUUGCUCUUGAUUUUGAGAAUAUACUGCUUUAAUGGAAUUGGAACAGGAAACGUGCAAAAACUCUCACUUUGUGAGGAUCUGGAUGUCCCUGUAUAGGCCAGCUUUUAUAUGUCACUCCCUUACUGACUCUUGAACUGUGUGGCCUAACAGGCCGUUAAAAAGCCAACUACAAGCCAGACAAAAAGAUUUUUUCCUAAAUGUCAGAUGGUGGUUUCUUGGUUGUCAUUGCUGAUAAUCAGCUUUUAAAUUCCUAUAAAAUAGAUUUUAAUUCCAUAGCUGCCAUUGUGAUAUUCUGGCAAAAGCUUCCACACCUAAAAAUUCACUGGUCCGGGCAGAAAUCUAUUAUUUUAAUAUCUAUGCCAGUGAGUUCUUGCUUAGAGCUGGUACCAUGCGUCUACAUGCUGCUUUUUUGACCGAUAAGGUGGAGUUAUCUCCUAUUGAGCUUACAAGAUCUCUAUAUGAGCAUAGCUGAUUAUUUCCAUUAAGACUAGCAGUCACAUAUAAUUCAUGGCUUGGUAUCUGAUAUAAGAAGUGCACAUUUUGAAGUGUCUCGCUUUCUGUAAAUGCUACAACAAAAAUUUGAAAUCUGACUUGAAAAUAAAAAUGCCAACAUUACUUUUAUAGUGAGGCAGCAUAUGAGGAGACAGAAGAUAAUUAAUAUUACAGGUUGCAUCAGAACUAUCAUCAACGUAGAAUAUCAACUGUUUACUUACAGAUGCUGCUAUUUACAGCAGUUUCAGCUUUCAUUUUUUUUAUUUCUAGCAUCAUUUUGUGAAGUGGGAUUAAUUUUAAUUGGUGCAUUUUCUAGUAACAGGGUUAUAAUAUCCAUUAAAAAUGGGGAAGUAGAUUUAACUCUGAUGAUGCAACCAAGGGAUUGGUCAGACAACCUGUACGUUUUGGAAAUGCAGAUACCAUUUACGCACUUCACUUUAUUCUGACUACCUCCACCCACACCCUCCUCUACUUUUAGUUCCGAUGCAGGGUUUUGUCCCAGUGUGUUGACAAUUCCUUCACCCUCCCCCACCACAGAUGCUGAUCGACCUGCUAUCUUCCUCCAACAGAUUGUUUGUUGCAUUAUGCUCAUUGAGAUUCUAACAUAAUGGACAAUUUAGAUUUGAAAUAUUAGAGUGCAAGCCAUGCAAAAAUCAUCUAGAUUGAUGCUGCCCUAAGAUCCCACAUCUGUUCAGUCACCUAUCCACUAAGCACAGUCAGAAAAUUCUGGAAGAUCUCCAGAUGUCAAGGUGAAUUUACUGUACAGCAAGUGAAAAGCAAAAAAUAAUGUAGGAUAUGGAAAUCUGAACUAAAAACAAGAGGCUAGGCAGAAUCUGAAGAGACAGAAAGAAUUAAUAUUUCAGGUCAAACGUUCUUUAUUAGAAUGAGGUUUAAUAUCACUGGCAUAUGUCGUGAAAUUUGUUAACUUUGCAGCAGUACAUUGCCAUACAUAAUAAUAAAAACUGUAACUUAUAGUAAGAAAUAUAUGUAUAUUUAAAAAGUUAAGUAAGUAGUGAGAGAAGAAAAAGAAAAAGUAGUGAGGUAGUGUUCAUGGGUUCAAUGUCCAUUCAGAAAUCGGAUGGCAGGGGGAAGAAGCUGUUUGUGAACCAUUGCCUGUGUGCCUUUAGAUUUCUGUACCUCCUCCCUGAUGGUAGCAAUGAGAAUAAGGCUGGGUGGUGGCAGCCCUUAACGAUGGAUGACUUCUUUUUAAGGCAUCUCUCAUUGAAGAUGUCCUGGAUGCUGGGGAGGCUAGUGCUCAUGAUGGAGCUGACUGAGUUUACAACUUUCUACAGUUUAUUUUGAUCCUGAGCAGUGCCCCCCCACACCAGAGAGUGAUGCACCCCCCAUUCGAAAUCCAGGGCAGUGCCCCCUAUACCAGAUGGUGAUACAGCCAGUUAAAAUGCAAGUAAAUAAGCAUGUUUUAUGAUGUAGAGGAGGAGGGGUGGAAAGAGCAAUUCUCUGUGAUAAGGUGGAGACCAAGUCUGUCCAGGUAUCAGAAAUACUGUUGGUGACUGUGUUUCACAGAAUUUAUUACCUCCACUUCUUUCUGUCCUUUCCACCUCAUUGAUGACACCUCAGAUUUGAUUACAGGUCUGCAGCCAUUGUUCUCACUAACCAGCAGUGUAGUCAGAAAUAAAUUGCAUCAUGAGCCAGUAACUGUGAUUACUCAAUUUACAGCUCAGAGUGGGGUUCAUAGCCCAGUGUUUUACUUAAAAGCAGGUUUGUCAGCAUUAGUAAAGUUCAAAGUAAAUUUAUUAUCAAACUGUGUAUGUCACCAUGUAUUGCCCUGAGAUUCAUUUUCUUGCAGGCAUUUGCAGAACAAAGACAUGUAAUAGAAUCAAUGAAAAAUCACACACAAAAUCUGAUAAAGAACCAAUGUGUAAAAGAUGACAAACUGUGCCAAUGAAACAAAUAACAGUAACAAUAGAUAAACAAGCAGAUAAAUAAUACUGAGGACAUGAGUUGUAGAGUCCUUGAAAUUGAAAUCGUAAGUUGUGGAAUCCAUUCAGUGUUCAGUGAGUGAAGUGAGAAAAGGUAGAAUAGUCAAGAUUUUCAGCUGGAGCCUUUGAUUUUAUGGAUGCAGAAAGAACAUCGCUGAACAUUGAUGGCUCCUCGGUAGAGAUCGUAAAGAGCACCAAAUUUCUUGGUGUUCACUCGGACAAUCUCACCUGGUCCCUCAACACCAGCUCCAUAGAAAAGAAAGCCCAGCAGCAUCUCUACUUUUUGCGAAGGCUGAGGAAAGUCCAUCUUCCACCCACUAUCCUCAUCACAUUCUACAGGGGUCGUAUUGAGAGCAUCCUGAGCAGCUGCAUCACUGCCUGUUCGAAAUUGCACCAUCUCGGACUGCAAGACCCUGCAGCGGAUAGUGAGGUCAGCUGAGAAGAUCAUCAGGGUCUCUCUUCCAGCCAUCACGGACAUUUACACUACACGCUGCAUCCGCAAAGGAAACAGCAUAAUGAAGGACCCCAUGCACCCCUCAUACAAUCUCUUCUCCCUCCUGCCGUCUGGGAAAAGGCUCAGACUAUAUAACAGUUUCUUCCCCCAGGCUAUCAGACUCCUCAAUACCCGAAGCCUGGACUGACAACUUGCCCUACUCUCCUGUUUAUUAUUUAUUGUAAAUGCCUGCACUUUUUUUGUGCACUUUAUGCAGUCCUGUGUAGGUCUGUAGUCUAGUGUAGCUUUCUCUGUGUUGUUUUUUCAUUACGUAGUUGUCUAUUUUUUUGUACUGUGUCAGGUAAACCAUGGUCCUGAAAAACAUUGUCUCAUUUUUACUAUGCACUGUACCAGCAGUUAUGGUCGAAAUGACAAUAAAAGUGACGACUUGACUUGACUUGACCUGGUCUUUAUUUGCCAUUGUUUGCCAGUUCUCAUUCAGAAUGUCAUAGCUUGCUGUUGUUUUGAAUUUUGUGCCACCUCAUUCCUUGAUAUUGCCCUAUAUUUAAAUAUUUAAAGAUACAUACAGCACAGUAACAGGCUCUUAUGGCCCAACAAGCCUAAGCCGCUCAAUUACAUUCAAGAUUCACUGAACCAUUCCCACAACCUAUGGACUCACUUUCAAGGACUCUUCAUCUCGUGUUCACAAUAUUUAUUGCUGAUGUUUUUUCUCUUUCAUAUUUGCACUGUUUGGUGUCCUUUGCACAAUGGUGUUCGUCUGUGCUGAUGGAUGUGUUCUUCCACUGAUUGUAUUGUGUUUCUUGGAUUUAUUGGGUAUGCCUGCAAGAAAAUGAAUUGUAUAUGAUGACAUAACUGUACUUUGAUAAUAAAUUUACUUGGACUUUCACCCAUGUGACCAAUUAACCUGCAUCUUUGGAAUGCAGGAGAAAACCGGAGCACCCGGACAUCACAGGGAGAACAUACAAACUUCUUACAUAUCCCCUCGGUGAACACCAAUGUUCUCAUGUAGACAGUAUGAAGAUAAAGCUUUGAACUAAAUUUCAUUUACUUCCAUCCAGAAUAUUAAUGUUUCUGUCGCGGAGCUUUAAGGCGAUUCACACUUCAGAAACGGAAUUAUCGUUUGUUUCCUUCCUUUUCAGAUUCUCAUUAAUUCAUUUUCACUUUUACUUCACAAUAGAUUUCCUGAUGAUCAACAUUUCUGACAAGUCAUACGAUCAAAAUUUAAGAGUGAGCAUUAAAUCAAUAAUUUGAAUAAUGAUUCUGAUUAUUUUCUGACUUUUCAAAAUAACUUAUUGAUCAAUUCCCUUAGUGUUCAAGUUGUUUGAUUGCUGAGAUAAUCAUUUGUGAUUAUGGCAUACAUUUUAACACAUUGCACUUGAAUUAUAAACUUCGUUUACAUAUUCAUCUGAAAUUUUAAGUUCAUGCUCACUAUUUCCUUACAAACUUAGGACAAGUACAUGCAACACACAAAAUGCUGGAGGAACUCAGCAGGCCAGUCAGCAUCUACAGAAAAUAGUAAACGGUCGAUGUUUUGGGCCGAGACCCUUUAUCAGGACUGAAGAAAUAAAGAUGAGGAGUCAGGGUUAGAAGGUGGGGGGGAGGGGAGGAAGAAACACAAGGUAAUGGGUGAAACCAGGAGGGGGAGGUGUGAAAUAAAGAGCUGAGAAAUUGAUUGGUGAAAAAAAUACAGGGCUGGAGAAGGGGGAAUCUUAUAGGAGAGGAUAGAAGGCCAUGGAAGAAAGAAAAGGGGGAGAAGCAUCAGAGGGAGGUGAUGGGCAGGUAAGGAGAUAAGGUGAGAGGGAAAUGAGAAUGGGGAAUGGUGAAGGGAGGACAUUACUGGAAGUCUGAGAAAUCAAUGUUCAUGCCAUUAGGUUAGAGGCUGCCCAGACAGAAUAUAAACUGUUGCUCCUCCAAACUGAUUGUGGCCUCAUUGCGGCAGUAGAGGAGGCCAAGGACUGACAUAUCGGAAUGAGAAGUGAAAUUAAAACGGAUGACCACUGGGAGAUUCUGCUCUUUCUGGCAGACUGGUAGGUGCUCUGCGAAGCGGUCUCCCAAACUACGUUGGAUCUCACUGAUACAUAGGAGGCCACACCGGGAGCACUGGACACAGUAUAUGACCCCAGCAGACUCACAAGUGAAAUGUCAUCUCACUUGGAAGGACUAUUUGGUAGUCCUUACUAUCUGAAUGGUAGUGAGUGAGGAGGUAUAGGGGCAGGUAUAGUACUUGUUCCACUUGCAAGGAUAAACGCCUGCAGGUAUAUCAGUGGGGAGGGACGAAUGGACAAAGGAGUCAUGUAGGGAGCAAUCCCUGCAGAAAGCAGAAAGUGGUGGGGUGGAGGGAAAGAUGUGUUUGGUGGUGGGAUCCCACUGGAGAUGAAAUGGGAUAGGACAAGUGCAUGCUUCCCUGAAAUCACAGGCAGACAGGGUGGAGAAGCCGGCUUUGGGCAUGCUGGUCUUCAUCAGUCAAAGCAUUGAAUGUAUAAGUCGGGAUGUUAUUGAAGCCACAUUUGGAACAUCAUGUUCAGUUUUGGUUACCCUCCAAUAGGAAAGAUGCCAUUAAGCUAGACAGAGUGCAGAGGAGAUUUACAGGAAUGUUGGUAGGACUUGAUGGACUGAGUUUGAAGGGAGGUUGAGCAGGUUGGGACUUCUUUCAUUCAAGUGUCAGAGAAUGAGGAAUGAUCUUAUACAGCUACAGUAUAAAUUAAACUAGUAAAUUGUCUUUUUAUUGUUCCACAUAUGCCUUGAAUGCCAUUCAUACAGAUCAAUUCAUUGCUCAUUGCUCGGUGUCUCAGAAAGGCAGCGUGCAUUGUUAAGGACUUCCAGUACCCAGGGCUUGCCCUUUAUUCAUUGUUACCAUCAGGUAGGAGGUACAGAAGCCUGAAGGCACACAUUUAGUGAUUCAGGAAUAGCUUCUUCCUCUCUGCCACUUAAUUCCGAAAUGGACAUUGAACCCUUGAACACUACCUCAGUUUUUAAUAUAUAUUAUUUCUGUUUUUGCACAAUUUUUAAUCUGUUCAAUAUAUGUAUACAGUAAUUUAUUUAUUUAUUUAUUUAAAGUAUUUUUUUUUUCUUCUAUAUUAUGUAUUGUAUUGAACUGCUGUUGCUAAGUUAACAAAUUUCAUGACACAUGCCGAUGAUAAUAACUCUGGUUCUGAUCCUGAGAUGGUACAAUAACAGAGACCAGAAUGCAGAAUAAAGGAUCGUAGUUAUAGACAAAGUGCAGUGCAGGUAGACAGUAAGGUGCAAGGCCAUUACAGAGAAGGUUUGGAACCUUUCAAUAAUCUUAUCACAGCAGGAUAGCUGUCCUUGAGCCAGCUGAUACAUGCCUUCAGAUUUUUGUAUCUUAAGCCUGAUGGGAGUGGAGAGAAAGGAGAAUGCCAGAGUGGAAUUUUUGAUUAUGUUGGCUGCUUUACUGAGCCAGAAGUCUAAAUAGAUUCCAUAGAGAGGAAGUUGGUUUCCACUAUUUACUGAGCACUUCACUACUCUCUCCGAUUUCUUAUUGUUACAGGUAGAGCACUUGCAUGCCAAUUCAUGAUGCAUCCAGAUGGUGCAUUGAUAAGAAUUGGUGAGGAUCAAAGGGAACGAGCUAAAUUUCUGUAGCCUCCUGAGGAAGUGGAAGUGCUGAUGAGCUUUCUUAGCCUUGGUAUUAAUAUGGUUGCACAGGCACUUGGUGAAGUUCACUCCGAGGAACUUUAAGUUCUGAAUCCUCUGAACCUCAGCACCAUUGACAUAAACAGCACCACCCAAUUUCCUGAAUUCAAUGACCAACUCUUCUGCUUUGCUGACACUGAGGGAAAGGUUGUCAUGAGGGGCAUAGACAGAAUCAGUAUGCACAUUCUUUUUUUCUCAGGUUGGGGAAUAAAAAUUAUGGGGUAUAAGUAGAAAGAGAGAGUUAGUAGGAAUCCAAGAGGCAACAUUUUACCCAGAUGGUGGUCAAUAUAUAUAUAUCAGAGGAAGUGAUUGAAGCAAGCACAUUAGUACCAUUUAAAAGAUAUGUGGAUAAGUACAUGGAUAAGAAAAGGAUAUGGACCAAACACAAGCGAAUGGGACCAGGUAAGAUGGGAAUCUUGGUCAGUAUGGGCCAGGUGCUUUCUCCAUCCUGUAUGACUGACUUCUCAAAAUAUUCUCAGAUCUGUACUGUUCUUUAACUGUAGAUUAAAAAUUAUAAAACAACUUUUUGAUAGAUGACAAGUAGAACAGUACAGGCCCUUCAGCCUAUGAUGUUAUUGUGACCCUUUAACGUACUCCAAGAUCAAUUGUACUCUUCCCUCCCACACAGCCCUCUAUUUUACUUUCACCAUGUGUUUAUCUAAGUCUCUUAACUGUCCGUAAUGUAUCUGCGCCUAUCACUCUGUAAAGAAAACUAACUCUGACAUCCCCUAUACUUUCCUCCAAUCACCUUAAAGCUGUGCCCUCUCAUAUUAGCCAUUUCCGUCCAAAAAGGGUCUGGUCCACUCAAUCUGUGCCUCCUAUUAUCUUGUAUGUCUCUAACAAGUUCACCUCUCAUCCUCCUCUCCACAGGGAAAAACCUUAGCUUGUUCAGCCUAUCCUUAUAAGACAUGCUCUCUAAUCCAGGCAGCAUCCUUAUAAAUCUCUUCUGCACCCUCUCUAAAGCUUCCACAGCUUUCCUAUAGUGAGGAGAACACAAUUCUCCAAGCAUGGCUUUUUAGGGCUGCAACAUUAGAUCAUGUUUAUGUUUUCAGACUGGACAGACUAAUAAAAACACAAGAAAUUCUGUAGAUGCACUCUCGUGUGUAUUUAAUCAUCAGAAAAGCUCUUUGAACUGAGGAUAUGGUCUUCAGUUUGUUACUGCAAGCAGUAACUAUUUUGGGCUAAUAGAAAGUAGAGAGAUCUUGUCUGUGAACCUUACCACGUGAACUCUAUUCAGUAACGUACCUAGACCAUCACUUAAUGAUGCCAUCUCUGAUGCAUGGAAAUGAAGUUAUGUGAAAGACACAGAUCAGUGUGCACAUUCAGGUCUUUAGUGUUGUUCAGCUGGUUCUUUUCAAAUUCUGUAAAAUAUAAAGACUGCAAAGUGCACCCAAUGGCCACUUUAUUAAGUACAGCUGCUUGUUAAUGCCCGUAUCAGACAAUCAUGUGGCAACAACUCAGUGCAUAAAAACAUGCAGACAUGAUUAAGCUGGACCAGACAUCAGAAUGGGGAAGAAAUGUGAUCUAAGUGUCUUUGACUAUGGAAUAAUUGAAUUAAAUUGACUUUAUUUCUUACAUCCUUCACAUACAUGAGUAAAAAUCUUUAUAUUAUGUCUAAACGUUCAAUUUAUAGUCAUUUGUUAUAAAUAGUAUAUAUAACACAACAGUCGAUAUAGCAUAGAAAUACGAUUGUAUCAGCGUGAAUUAAUCAGUCUGAUGGCCUGGUGGAAGAAGCGGUUGGUGCCAGACAGGAUGGGUUGAGUAUCUCUGAAACUGCUGAGCUGGGAUUGCUAGAGUUGACAGAGACUGGCGGAGAAACGAAAAACACCCAGUAAGUGCUGGUUUAUUUUAUUUUUAUUUAGCAAUACAGUGCAGAGUAGGUCCUUCCGGCCCACAGAGCCACUCUGCCCUAGUAAUCCCAACAAAGCCAAUUAACCCUAUCAUUACCAUAAGACAAUUUACAAUAGCCAUUUAACCUACCAGUACGUUUUUGAAUUGUGGGAGGAAACCGGAGAACUUGGGAAAAACCCAUGCAUUCUAUGGGGAGGAUGUACAGACUCCUUACAGAAUAGUGCUGGAAUUCAACUCUGAACUCCCCGAGCUGUAAUGGCAUCAUGCGAACUGCUAUUCUACCAUGGUGCUGCCAUUCUGUGGAUGAAAACAACUUGGUAGUGAGAGAAUUCAGAGGGGAAUAGCCAGACUGGUUCAAGCUGACAAGGUGACAGUAACCACGCAUUACAACAAUGGUGUGUUGUAGAGCAUCUCUGAAUGCACAAUGCAUUGAACCUUGAAGAGGAUGGGCUGCAGCAGCUGAAGACCACACUGGGUUUCACUCCUUUAUCUAAUAAAGUGGCCAUUGAUGGUAUUUGAGCUUAUAGAAGGUAGAGAUCUUGUCUGUGAACCUUAUCACAUGAACUCUUUUCAGUAACAUAUCUAGACCAUCACUUUAAUGAUGCCAUCUGUGAUGCAUGGAAAUGAAGUUAUAUGAAAGACACAGAUCUGCACAUUCAGAUCUUUAGUGUUGUUCUGCUGGUUCUAUUCAAAUUGUGUGAACUGCGAAGACAGCAAUGUAUGGCCUGAUGCAUUCAAUUGUGUUAAUUCAAAGCUCCUUAAUAAGUUUUUUUUUCUAUGUAGAUGUUUCAAGAUGCCAAUAGAUCAGGUUUAAGCCUCGUAACAGAUUUUAUUAUAGUCCUUUAAAGGCUUGUAUUGAACUGCUGUAGUUUGAAUUUUCUGCAAAGUGUAUUUUAAUAAAUUAUUUUCUAUUCUA